GUACGAUUUUUAAAUGACGUCUCUUUUGGUUUCUGCUACAUACAAAAAUGGAGUUUUUUUAGUUUUUGGAAUUUCCCUUCAUGUUAUAUAGAGAGAAAGUGAGACUUUGGUCUUUGAUAGUAGAUGAUUAAAGUGUCGUUUCUUUCAAAAGAUGUGUGGAGUCUGAGAAAAAGAGUGAGGGGCUCCUUUUAAGAACCCAAGAAAGGAAAGAGCCAGACAUAUGAAAGAUAAAGUUUCCAUUUUUCAUUUUGGGUUUGUCUUCAAAGUUAAAACCUAUAGUCCAAAACCAGAGAGAUUGAUCUUCUUUUACUACCAUUACUAUCAUUGAGUCAUGAAAAUGAGUAUUUUCACUCUUUUCUUCUUCUUCUUCUUUCUAUCUUCUGCCGCCGUUUCUUUGUCUUACGAGCCUCGUAACCAUGAAGUGGAAGCAUUGAUAAGUAUAAGGAGAGAACUGAAUGAUCCGCAUGGGGCGUUGAACAACUGGGAUGAAUACUCUGUCGAUCCUUGUAGUUGGGCUAUGAUCACUUGCUCUUCUGAAAACCUUGUUACGGCCCUGUCAGUUCCUCUCUUUGUGGGUGCUCCAAGCCAGUCUUUAUCAGGAACUUUGUCUGGGGCAAUAGGAAAUCUCACCAAUCUUCGCCAAGUGUUGUUGCAAAACAAUAACUUAUCUGGUGAAAUCCCACCCCAGCUAGGGACUCUUCUAAAACUGCAGACUUUGGAUCUUUCUAACAACCUAUUUUCCGGUCCAAUUCCAGGGUCAUUUGGACAGUUAAAUAGUUUGCAAUACCUGAGGCUGAACAACAAUAGUUUGUCUGGGCCAUUUCCUUCAUCUUUGGCAAAAACCCCUCAACUUUAUUUCUUGGACAUGUCUUUUAACAAUCUCACAGGACCUGUACCCCAGUUCCCUACCAAAACUUUCAAUAUUAUGGGAAAUCCAUUGAUUUGUGGAAGCAGCUCCAGUGAAGUUUGCUCUGGAUCAGCCAAUGCUGUUACUCUUUCAUCCCUUGGCUCCUCAAAUGGGGAACAAAAAUCCAAGAAGUUAGCAAUUGCGCUAGGAAUCAGCCUCAGCUUUGCCUCACUCAUUCUUCUAGCAUUUGCUCUACUUUGGCACAGAAAGAAACGCAGAAAGCUUACAGUUCUGAAUAUUAAUGAUAAACAAGAAGAGGGCAUCGCAAAACUAGGUAACCUCAGAAUCUUCACUUUCAGGGAACUCCAGCUUGCUACAAACAACUUCAACUCCAAGAAUUUGCUAGGCUCCGGAGGUUUCGGCAACGUCUACAAGGGGAAGUUAGGAGACAGUACUCUUGUGGCGGUGAAGCGGCUGAAAGACUUGACAGGAAGUUUUGGGGAGUCUCAAUUCAGGACUGAGUUGGAGAUGAUCAGCUUGGCGGUUCACCGUAAUUUGCUUCGUUUAAUUGGAUAUUGUGCUACCUCUAAUGAGAGACUUCUUGUCUACCCUUACAUGUCUAAUGGCAGUGUUGCAUCCAGGCUUAGAGGAAGACCAGCACUAGACUGGAAUACAAGGAAGAGGAUUGCGAUUGGAGCAGCGAGGGCGCUUCUGUAUCUACAUGAGCAAUGUGACCCAAAGAUAAUUCACAGGGACGUGAAGGCUGCUAACAUCCUUCUGGAUGAUUACUGUGAAGCCAUUGUUUGUGAUUUUGGCCUUGCAAAGCUCCUUGAUCAUGCUGAUUCCCAUGUGACCACUGCUGUCCGUGGCACUGUUGGGCAUAUUGCACCAGAGUACCUCUCAACCGGCCAGUCUUCGGAGAAAACUGACGUGUUCGGGUUCGGCAUUCUCUUGAUAGAGCUUAUUACUGGAAUGAGGGCUCUGGAGUUUGGAAAAACAGUUGGUCAGAAAGGAGCAAUGCUUGAGUGGGUGAAGAAAAUUCAGCAAGAAAAGAAAGUGGAAGUAUUAGAGGACAGAGAGCUAGGGAGCAACUAUGACAGGAUUGAAGUAGGAGAGAUGCUCCAAGUGGCUUUACUAUGCACUCAAUACCUUCCGGCCCACCGGCCUAAAAUGUCAGAAGUUGUCCGGAUGCUGGAAGGUGACGGACUUGCUGAGAAAUGGGCAGCAUCGCAUAAUCAUAGUAAUCCCACCAUGAACUUCAGUAGCAAAAGCAUGCCAAACCCUUCCAUGGGAUCGAAACAUGAUGGCAACAUGCUGGGCACAGGCGUGGAUGAGGAUGAAGAUGAUGAGUAUUCUUUGGACUACUAUGCCAUGGAACUCUCCGGUCCAAGAUAAUGAUCAAAACAAGUUUAUAUGGUUUAUGGGGUUUGAAUGUAAAUGUCAGUUUUACUGUUUUAUGCUUUUUAUUUGGGUGUUUUGAAUCACCUGUCUGCCAAAUGGGAAAGUUACAAAGAGCAGAACAGGAGUUGUAUAGUGCUCAAGAACAUCAGAUGCCCUGCACUCUGGUCCAAGUGUGAGACAGUUACUCAAAGCAUUAUGGUUUUGACUUUCCUCCGUUAAAAACAACAUUAU